UAGCAUGUAAUUCAGGACAAGCCUGUCCAGUCCCCACCUCGAGAACCCAUGUGGGCAGUGGGCUGAAGGCAAAGUCCCCACCCGGUUUUAUUGCAGAGCAGAGCAACCAGUCAUCAGCAAUGGCAUCUCUUAGCAGCUCUAACACAGCCUUUGCCUUGGAGCUGUACCACACUCUGGGUCAGACCAACACAGGGAAUAUCUUCAUCUCCCCAUUCAGUAUCAGCUCAGCUCUGGCCAUGGUCUACCUGGGGGCUAAAAGAGACACAGCUGCUCAGAUGGCAAAGGCUCUCUCAUUCAACUUCACCAAAGACAUUCACACAGAUUUCCAGACACUCAAUGCAGAUAUCAACUCUCCCUCUGCAACUUACAUCCUGAAACUGGCCAACCGUCUGUAUGGAGAGAAGACCUGCAACUUCCUGACCGUGAGUUUCACUAUAAACUACACUAUUUAUGCAAGUAACAGUCCCUUUACAUGUGUUCUCUUUCAUUUUGCUUCAGUAUAGCAUUGGACAAAAUAC